CAACAUGUCGGCAUCUGAGACAACGACAAAGGAGCCCCCUGAAGGAAAUUACUCAGAAACACCAGCAGAGUCCUUAGCUGGACCAAGUCAAGUCAAGGAAGAUAAUGCAGCCUCAACCACAGCUGCUGUUGCCAAGAAGAUAGAGCCCAUGGGUGGCAUGCCAUCAAUGUUGUCAUCUCAGCAGCCUGGUAAGGACACUUCCAGAGCUGGAGAAGAGGGCGAGAAAUCGUCACCCGUCUCAUCACCAAACAAAACACCUGCUGCAGGCCAUGCAGCAAAGUCCCUUUCAUCAACAUCCUCCUCUUUGUUGUCCUCCUCUCCCUCUACUUCUUCAACUCUAUCCCCGGGUCGAGCAAAGAUGAGUGUUUCUGGGCCUGGCAGCAGUAAAUCCGUCCUGCCACCUGCUUCUUCCUCCUCUGCCACAGCUUCCUCGUCUCCCUCUGUCUCCCCCGCUCCACCCAAGAUCCACCGAGCCCGCAAGACCAUGAACAGGCCUCCACCAGGACAGAUUAGUCAUGUUGAGACACCUGCUGCACCUGUGACUCCUUCAGGAUCCUCUACUUGCUUUUCCUCUGACUCUGAAACUGUCAUAGCAAAAAGAAGAAAACUGGAUCAUUUAUCUGACAGCACACCUGAGAAGUCUGAGAACAUUCCAGACAACGCUCAAACUGUGCAAGAAACAUUAUUCCAUAAAAAGGUGGAGCCUGUUACCAAGACUGCACCAGUGAGGAGCAACAGCAGUGCGGGGAAGUCAGAGGAGGAUGCUGCCAAGAAAAUACAGAUUUCUAGUCCAUCCACGCGAGAUUCAGAAAAGUUUGAAAAUGGCGAAGGAGAAACAAGGGAGCAUACUAAGGACAUAGGGGGGUCAGUGCACAUGUCAGAUCAUAGUUCAGAGUCUGAAACACAGAGAGCCGUCCAGAGCAGAAGUGAAAGCGAGGACUCUUCAUGGCUGCAGUCAGACCAGGACAAAGAGAGGAACACAGCUGAUGUGGUGGAGACAGUGGGAGCAGAAAGGCCUGCGGAGUACACAGAGGUUCCCUUGGGUGCUCUGGACAUUGCAGCUGCUGACAGUCUGACACUUUCUCCUCAUCAUGAAGGCAGUGAUGCCGGAGAGACGGAGCGGUUGGAAGAGCUUCCUCUGUGCAGCUGCAGGAUGGAGGCUCCUCGCGUCGACAGCACCAGCCACCGAGUCAGCAGACAGUGUAUGGCCACUGAGAGCAUCAAUGGAGAGCUGAGGGCUUGUACUAGUCGGACUAUUAAAGGGGAAACCAUGCGGCCGUCCAGUCGGGUGCCCCUCAUGGUGCUUUGUGACGUCCAUCGUUCACACAUGGUCAAACAUCACUGCUGUCCUGGGUGUGGAUACUUCUGCAUAGCGGGUACCUUUCUUGAGUGCUGCCCAGACCAGCGCAUCGCUCACCGUUUCCACCGGGGCUGUGUGACGGUGCUGGGCGGUGGGCGCAGCAGGGCAAACGGUGGCGGUAUGCUUUUCUGCCCUCACUGUGGCGAAGAUGCCUCAGAGGCCCAGGAGGUCACCAUCCCCUCCUUCAGUUCGGCCACAUCCUCUGCAACCACCGUCGUCACCAUGUCUGCCUCCUCCACCACCACCCCGUCUCUGCCGCCGUCUGUCCCCACUGCACCCUCCCUCACAGCCUCCACAGGGGGGAUGAAGGAUGGGAAGAUGCCAGAAAGACCUGUCAGUGCUCGUAUGCGUAGCCAUGGUUUGGUAACACUGGCAGUGGAGCAGCAGCAGCAGCCACCGCAGCCUGUAGCCUCAGCAGCAACCGUGGCCACUGUCCCCCCAGCAGAGGAGGGAGUGGACAGCGUGGGGCCAUCUCUCUGUAUGCCAAACGGGAAACCCAUCAGCCCCAGUGCACUUCCACCUGGGCCCAGCAGGGCAGCACUGCAGAAGGCCAUUCUAACACAGGACACAGAGAGGAGGAAGAAACUGAGGUUCCACCCUCGCCAGCUGUACCCCGCUGCCAAGCAAGGAGAGGUGCAGAGAGUCCUGCUCAUGCUGAUGGAGGGCAUUGAUCCAACAUACCAGCCUGACUCUCAGAACAGGCGCUCCGCUCUACAUGCUGCUGCUCAAAGAGGUCUGCUGGAAGUCUGCUACAUGCUGGUACAGGCUGGUGCUCAAGUGGAUGCCCAGGACAAAGAGCUGAGGACUCCUCUGUUGGAAGCGAUCAUCAAUAAUCACAUUGAAGUGGCUCGGUACUUGGUCCAGAACGGCGCCUGUGUCUAUCAUGUUGAGGAUGAUGGAUAUACUGGCCUCCACCACGCAGCCAAGCUGGGCAACUUAGACAUUGUCAACAUGCUGCUGGAGACGGGGCAGGUUGAUGUGAAUGCACAGGACAGCGGUGGCUGGACGCCGAUCAUUUGGGCUGCAGAGCACAAACAUGUUGAUGUGAUCAAAUCGCUGCUUAACAGAGGAGCUGAUGUCAGCAUCAAUGAUAAGUCCCCUCUUUCCCUCCAGGAGCUGAAUGUGUGUCUCCACUGGGCGGCAUAUGCAGGGAAUGUGGAUAUAGCAGAGCUGGUGUUGAACGCUGGCUGUUCCCUUGCUUCAGUUAACAUGCAUGGAGACACGCCGCUCCACAUCGCUGCCAGAGAGGGAUACUUGGAAUGCGUUACGUUGUUCCUCUCCCGAGGUGCAGAUAUUGAUGUCAUGAACAGGGAAGGAGACACACCUCUCACCCUUGCGCGGGUUGAUACACCGGUGUGGGUCGCACUCCAGAUAAACAGGAAGCUGCGGCGGGGAAUAACCAAUCGCAUGCUUCGGACUGAAAGAAUCAUCUGCAGUGAUAUAGCACAGGGUUAUGAGAAUGUACCAAUUCCCUGUGUGAAUGCAGUGGAUGACGAGGGCUGUCCUUCAGACUAUAAAUAUGUUUCUGAAAACUGUGAAACUUCAGCAAUGAACAUAGACCGCAACAUUACACACUUACAGCACUGUAGCUGCACUGAUGACUGCUCAUCCAGUAACUGCCUUUGUGGACAGCUCAGCAUCCGCUGCUGGUAUGACAAGGAUCAGCGGCUGCUCCAGGAGUUCAACAAAAUUGAACCCCCACUUAUAUUUGAAUGCAACAUGGCGUGUUCCUGUUAUCGAACGUGCAAGAACAGGGUGGUACAGGCGGGCAUCAAAGUUCGUCUCCAGCUGUACAGAACAGAGAAGAUGGGCUGGGGGGUUCGAGCUCUGCAGGAUAUUCCCCAGGGAAGCUUCAUCUGCGAAUAUGUUGGAGAGCUGAUUUCUGAUGCAGAGGCAGAUGUUAGAGAAGAUGACUCCUACCUGUUUGACCUGGACAACAAGGAUGGGGAGGUGUAUUGUAUCGAUGCCCGGUACUACGGCAACAUCAGCCGCUUCAUCAACCACCUGUGUGACCCCAACCUCAUCCCAGUGCGUGUGUUCAUGCUGCACCAGGACCUGAGAUUCCCCCGCAUUGCCUUCUUCAGCUCCAGAGACAUCCUCAGCGGACAAGAGCUGGGGUUUGACUAUGGAGACCGGUUUUGGGACAUUAAGAGCAAGUAUUUCACCUGUCAGUGUGGAUCAGAGAAAUGCAAACACUCGGCCGAGGCCAUCGCCUUGGAGCAGAGCAGGCUGGCUCGGCUGGAAGCCUGCCCAGAAUCAGGAGCUGACUGUGGGAUAACCGUGCUAGGAAACUCUUAAAACACCUACCCAAGGGGCCUUUGGAUUAAACUUCGAUUUUACAUGCGCACAUUGGCAGUGGCUUUUUCACAUUUAAAAUCCUCCAUUUGAUGUAUGGUGCUGUUUUUUUUUUUUUGUUUUUUUUCUACUUGUAAUUGUGAUGUGAUUUUUUUUUUUUUUUUUUUUGAGGACAUGGGCCUUGACAUAUUUUUUUAACAUGUUUCUUGUAUUUGAAGAAAACAGUCUCCUGAUUCUGUACAUACAGUAUUUUUUACUGUAUCUCACUGAACUUUUGCCUUGACACAUGAAGUUUGCUCUUUAGGAGUCGGCCAUCUUAUAACAGUCGUACAUGUUUUUUUUCUGUUGUGCCAACAAACAAACGGACCUGAGGGGGGUAGUAUUUUUUAGGGUGAUUGUGUUACCAUUCUUUCCUUUGUUUUAUACAUGUUGUCUUUGUCAUAUUUGAUGUAAUAAAUUAGCUCAUGAGUUGAUCUUUGGGCU